GAUGUUCUGUUCCAGAUGAGCUCCAAGAGUGGGUGAACUUUGAAGCCUCGAAGCUGGCGAAUGAGGUCUACAGCAGCAACUUCGGAGUCCCGUAUGCUCCGCUGCUUCCAAAGGACAUUCGUCGGCUGCAACCCAAGGAGGUUGAUUUUGCUGAUCUCUGGAUUCUGUCACCGCCUUGCCAGCCUUACACUCGCCUUGGUCGACGAGGAGACCUUGGUGAUCGCCGUGCGCAGCCGUUGCGACACCUAUCAUCGUUGCUCAGCCAGCUGCAGCAGCCGCCGCAGGCAAUCCUUCUAGAAAACGUCGUUGGUUUUGAGAUAUCGGAAUCCUUCAAAAUGAUCACAGAGGCGCUUCUGCAGGCAAGAUUCGAGGUGCGUGUCUUCGAGCUGAGCCCUUUGCAGCUGGGUAUCCCAAACAGGCGGCCACGCAUCUACCUCCUGGCGCGGCAGGCCUUAACAUGGCCGGUGCCUAACAUGUCUGGUGGCAUGCUGCGCGAGGACUUUCCUGGUUUUUCGCGAGCGCGGGCAUCACGGUCACUAGCAGGGUAUUUGCAGCAGGACGAGGAUCUCGACACGAGCAUUUGCUCCGUCCCUCUGCGGAUGCUCGAGCUCCUCGAAGCUCGAAACCAGCGUUGGGAGGUGGUAUGUCCCCAGAGCACGAGCUCCUCCACCUUCACAGCAGGCUACACAACUAGCUGCUUUGAAGCUCAUCGAUUUGGUCCCCUUCUAGCCAGAGAUGACUCGCUGCCAGAUGCACUAGGCGAUGAUUGGUGCGAACCCAUCUUGCUGCCGGGCGGGCGCGUGAAGCGUCUGGUGAUGCCGGGUGAGGCUGUGAGGUAUUUCACUCCUCAGGAGUUGCUCCGGAUCGCCGGAUUCCCUUCUAACUUCUGCUUCCCUGGAACCAUAACGCCACACCAGCGCUACAAGCUCAUUGGAGACUCAGUCAAUGUUGAUGUGGUCUCUGCACUUCUGAAUUUCCUUCUUUUCGAGUGGACAGACUUGGGCCUCACAGCUCACUGA